CUAUUUCUUUGUGUUUUGAUUUAUCGUGUGCCAAUUACGUAGUGAAAGUAAAUGGUGUUUUCUGUGUUAUAAGUAUAAUAUUAGCCAUACAAUCAUACACCCCAAACUCUCACACAUAUGACCGCUGUCUCCCGCUGUUCUAGCCAGAAUCGUUUUUAAAGGUGGAGGACAUGUGAACACUUAAUAAUAAUUUUUCAUCUCCAUGACCUCCAUGGUAUGGUAUCUACGCAGCCGUGGCAAUCAUCUUUGUUGUGUAGUCAGAGCUUCGACCAUAGAUAUUGGUAGACUGUCAUGACGUAAUUUCGUAACACCAACUUCUCUAUUGCACCACGUGACUAUUGACAAAACAAUGGUGGUAUCGUGCUGUGCUUAUGAUUUUGUGAAGGGAAGUAACAUUAAAUUUCACGUGUAAGUAUUAUUAGCUUAAUUUAGCGGCAUUUCUUGAAUACUGAUAAACUAUUGUGUAUAUCAUAUCCUUACCCAGAACGUCACAGGUACGUAAAUUGGCGGUUUGAAGUGUUGUGUGCGUUUCCAGGCGCACAUUGCAAUCGUAUGUAUUUCUUGAAAUGGUAGGCUACAAAGCUACAUUUUCUCUUUCGUAUAGGUUUCCAAAGGAUGAAGGGCGCAGGCAGAUGUAGAUACAGGCAGUGAAACGAAAAGAUUUCAAGCCUACUGCGCACACACGCAUCUGUUCGAAGCACUUUGUUUCGACAAAGAAAAGACUGGUGGGAAUUGGUUUCACAGUGACGCCGUGCCGACAAAAUUCGAUUUCCCUGAGCAUCUGCAAGCAAAAAGACCCAAGCUUCGUAAACCUCCGUCAAAGAGAGAUUCAUUAGACGAAAUUUCAUGUGCAGAAACUUCCCAUAAUUCUCCCGAUAUACAAGCUUCUGAAGUAAAAGCUGGGACAAGCAAAAGUUUUAGAUGCAUAGGAGAUUUUAAGGAAGAUGAUUUGGCUGUUCCUGGCAUAGCUAGUAAAAUGAGAAGUGUUGCAAAAAAGCAGCUGAAGAAGAAAGCUAGAAAAUUAAGUAAUUUGCUGCGAUCAGCCCACAGGAUGAGGAAGAAAAUUUUAAAUUUGGAAUCAUUAAUAAGUGACCUUCAAAAGAAUAAUCUUAUAAGUGAGUCCAUGGGUAAUUUGCUGAAGAUGCUGCCACCAGGUACCUCAGAGAUGUUAAAGCGUGUCAGCAGAGGUCAAACAAAAGAAAAGUACCCAGCAGCUCUUCAGACCUUUGCUUUAACUCUUAAUUUCUACAGCAGGAAGGCUUACAGUUACAUAAGGAGAAAUUUCAAUACAUCUCUGCCACAUCCACGGACACUGAGAAGGUGGUAUAGUGUGAUUGAUGGAAAUCCAGGUUUCAGCAAAGAAGAAGCAGUUGCUCUCAGAAUAGAGAGUCAAGAGCUUAUGAACAAGGGCAAGAAAUUGCUGUGUGCUAUGUCAUUUGAUGAAAUUGCUGUAAGGAAACACAUUGAAUUUCGCCAAAAUAAAUUUGUUGGAUAUGUAGAUUAUGGGGGAGAGCUUGAUGAUGAUAACCUUCCUGUUGCAAAUGAGGCACUAACAUUUAUGGUAACUGCUGUUAACAGUUCCUGAAAACUGCCAAUUUGUUACUUGUAGUCAAUGGACUAAGUGCACUAGAAAAAUCUAACCUACUGAAUGAGGCUCUCAAGUUUACUUUUGAUGCUGGUGUUGAGGUGAUAUCAGUAACUUUUGAUGGAACACAUGUAAAUACUCCAAUGAUAGAAAAGCUAGAUGCUUCUUUUUCUUUACCUAACAUAAAAUCUUUCUUUAAGCACCCAUUGUGUAAUUAUGAAAUAUGUAUUUUCCUUGACCCAUGUCACAUGCUAAAGUUAGUACGUAAUACCUUAGCUGGUAGGGUCACAAUUUUUGAUGGUGAUAGAAAUCUUAUUAAAUGGUAUUAUAUACUCAAGUUACAUGAUUUGCAAUGUGUGGAGACACUUCAUCUUGCUACAAAAGU